UUUCCCAGAAGCAAGGAGGGAAUUCUCGGGUCGGACGGAUGGCAACAAGGACCAGGUUACCUCUACGCAGGCUCAGUUGGGGACACGUCUAUUUCCAUCCUUUCCCGCUUAGCUUCCAGAGCUGGGAGACGGAGGAACAGAUCCCAAGAGUCCUGGGUUCUAAUUCUGUCAUCGAGGUUACCUGGCGGCGUGACCUGAGAUAGACCCUUGAGCCUCACUUUUUUCUUCAGUUUAAAAAAGCCUCACUUUUUUGUUCAUCCUUAAAAGGGGCGCACUACGUACGUGAGGACUAGCUGCAGCCUGCAUUGAUUAAGCACCAACUGAGUGCCAGCAAGGAAUAUGUAGAUACCUAUAGACAAUAAGCACUGAUCGAGCGCCUGUGGAAAAAGGCAAACAGAGGCCCCGCCCUCUCGGGUCUGCGCACCGAGGGAGAAGCUGGGGCACCUUAUUGAGGGAGACAAGACUUGCAUAAGGUCAGAAUCUCAAAGAAAACACUGAAGAAGGAAUGAUUUUGGAGGACCAUGGCCUUAAAGAAAAAGAAAUUACUGACAUUCCAAGAUGUUGCUGUGGAAUUCACCCAGGAGGAGUGGAGCUAUUUGGAUCCUGGCCAGAAAAACAUGUACAGGGACGUGAUGCUGGAGAACUAUGAGAACUUUGUCUCUCUUGGGCUUCCAGUAACUAAACUAAACAUGAUUUCUCGGCUGGAGAGACAUGGAGCCCCCUGGCUAUCACGGGAAGAAGACUCCAGAUGCAUUUCUGAGGAUUCCUCUGUUGAAAAAAGAGAAUGUGAAAACAAGGAGUCAACUCCAAAACAAUAUAUUACUACUAAUGAGACAUCCAUAGAGAGACUCAUAAAGGAUGAUCUCUGCAAUUCUAAAUUGGGUGAAGCUUGGAAUUAUGGUACUGGAUUAGAAAGGCAGAUAAACAACCCAGAAAGACAGUCCAUGAAACUAAUCGUUAAGCACUGCAAAACUUCAUGUAACAGAAUUUCCAUGGUGAAGAACCUUUGUAAGUUUAAUAAAUCUAGGAACUUUUACAUUCAUCACUCAAAACUUAAUCAUUCCCAUAGAGUGUGUUCUCAAGGAGAACCUCAUCGAAUUAAUGAAUGUGGUGAAAUCUUCCACAUCAAUUCAUGUCUUAAUGUACAUGGAGGAAUUCAUACUGGAGUGAAAUCUCAUAAAUUUGGUGAAUGUGGUAAGGCUUCCAGCUACAAUUCAGACCUUGCUAUUCAUCAGAAAAAUGUUGAAGAAAAGCCUAUAAGACAGUGUAAUACAAGUAGGAAAACUUUUAGUCAGAAGAAAUACGUUUCUCAACAAAAGGAAUUACCUACUAAAGAGAAACUCUAUAAAUGUAAUGAAUGUGGGAAAACCUUCAGAUUUAAAGGAUCCUAUUAUAGACAUAAAAAAAUCCAUUCUGCAGUGAAACCCUAUAAAUGUAAAGAAUGUGUAAAAGCCUUCACGUGUAAGCAACACCUUCGUAGACAUGAAAUUAUGCAUACUGGAGAGAAACCCUAUAAAUGUAAAGAAUGUGGAAAAGCCUUCAGUGAAAAGGGAUUCCUUAAUAGACAUGAGAAAAUCCAUACUGGAGAGAAACCUUAUAAAUGUAAAGAAUGUGGAAAAGCCUUCAGCGACAAGGGAUCCCUUAAUAGACAUGAGAAAAUUCAUACUGGAGAGAAACCACAUAAAUGUAAUGAAUGUGGAAAAGCCUUCAGGGACAAGGAAGACCUUAAUAGACAUGAGAAAAUUCAUACUGGAGAGAAACCCUAUAAAUGUAUUCAAUGUGGAAAAACCUUCACAUGUAAGAGAAAUCUAGAUGUGCAUGAGACAAUUCAUUCUGGAGAGAAGCCUUAUAAGUGUAAUGAAUGUGGAAAAGCCUUCAGAUAUAAGGGAAACUUUUAUUCACAUAAGAGAAUUCAUACUGGAGUGAAGCCCUAUAAAUGUAAUGAAUGUGGAAAAGCCUUCUGGAAGAAGGGAGGGCUUAAUUCACAUAAGAUAAUGCAUACUGGAGUGAAACCCUAUAAAUGUAUUCUAUGUGAGAAAGCCUUCAGCUGUAAGAGACGCCUUGUUCUACAUGAGGCAAUUCAUACUGGGCAGAAGCCCUAUAAAUGUAAUGAAUGUGAAAAAUCCUUCAUCCGGAAUGAUCACCUUAAAAGGCAUGAGAGAGUUCAUACUGCAGAGAAACCAUAUAAAUGUAAUAAAUGUGGAAAAUCCUUUAGGUGUAAAGAAGGGAUUUAUGGACAUGAAAAAAUUCAUACUGGGCAGAAGCCAUAUAAAUGUAAUGAAUGUGGAAAAGUCUUCAGGCAGAAGGGAGCCCUUAAUUCACAUAAAAGAAUUCAUACUGGAGAGAAACCCUAUAAAUGUAAUGAAUGUGAAAAAGCCUUCAGGGAGAAAGGAAUACUUAAUAGACAUAAGAAGAUUCAUACUGGAGAGAAAUCUUAUAAAUGUAAUGAAUGUGGAAAAGCCUUCUAUCAUAAGGGACAUUUGAAUAGACAUAAGAAAAUUCAUAAAGAAAUGAAACCACAAAUGUAAUGAACGUGAAAAAGUCUUCAAAUGUAUGGGAAAUGUUAACUUACAUAAGAGAAUUGAUAUUGAAGAGAAACUAAAAAUUAAGGAUGUGGAAAAACUUUUUAAGUGGUAGAGAAAUGUUAAAAGACAUAAAUUCAUACUGGAGGGAAAUCCUUUGAAUGUACUCAUGUUGAAGCAGACUGUAAUCAAGAGCCGAAUUUUGAAUGUUAUGAAAUUGAGCAAACUUUCUAUACGUCUCAAACUUAAGAAACAUCAGAUAAUCCAUACUGCAGAAAAAUCUAAAUGUAAAGAAUAUGAGAAAGGAGAAUCCUACGAUAUGUUGUUUGCAAGAAACACAUUUGACACAGAAACACACAUAAAGAUUAAAGGUAAAAGGCUUGAACAGAAUUUAUUUUUGUUCAUCUGAAAUU